AUGGCCGAAGUUGCUUGGACAAGUCUUCAACCAUUGUUAACUAAAUUGAUUGAACAACAACACAAAAUACAAAUUUAUUUAAUAUCAGAUAGUCUUGUAUCUCAAUAUCGUAAUAAAACAAGUGCAUUUAUGAUAAAACAAUAUUGUAAAAGAGAUAAAAUUGAUAUUAAUUGGAUAUUUUAUGAAUCAGGACAUGGUAAAGGGAUACCAGAUGCAGUGGGAGCAUCAUUGAAAAACAAAUUUGAUCAAAUCGUAGUGUAUUAUUCUGAUGAUGCAUUUCAAGCAGCGAGUGAUCUAGUUACAACUGUUAAAAAUGAUACAGAAACAAAGCUAUUUCUUUAUGAAAAAUCUGAUAUUGAUGUUCUCAAAGAACAAAUACCAAAAUUAAAAGCUGUUAAAGGAACAGCAAGAAUGUAUGAAUUAAUUGGAAGAAAAAAUGAACAACUAUACAGUAAAGAUAUCUCGAAUGAUCAAGAAAGAUUAUUGAGAAUGAAUUUUUAAUUUACUUCAGUGGCUAAUCCAGGAUUUUUGGGUAUGCUGGAUCUCAUCUACGGAGGAUGGGACCAAGAUGAAACUUAUGGAGGGUGAUAUUGGACCCAAAUGAUGAAUUUCUAUCAAAAUUUUGAUAGAAAUACAUCAUUUGGGUCCAAUAUCAUCCUCCAUAAGUUUCAUCUUGGUCCCAUCCUCCGUAGAUGAGAUCCAGCAUACCCAAAAAUCCUGGA